AUGGCGUCAACAAUCCCACGAGCAGACCCAAGGACAGCAGCGCUGACGUGGUGGGCACAACUCCGACAGCAGGGACUUGACGUGCGCAUUGUCGCGUAUCCCAUGGGUCUGCACGAGCUGUGCACCAUACUUGCGCAUCACGAUGGUGUGGUAGACAUCAAGUGUCUCCCACAAGCAGACGUCGUCCUUGCUCGGUGA